GCGAGCGAGCGGCGGCGGCUCCAGUGUCGGCGUCGACUUGCAGCGGGCGCGGAUCAUGGGCAGCGGCGGUCUCUGCAAGGCGCUCCGUCUCGCCGGCCUCUUGGCGGGGCUCUGCCUGCUCGCCUGGCCAGGAUGCCAGGCGAAGGUCCAGGUGUCUAUGGUAGCCGAGAUGGAGGUGGUUAUGGGCCAGCAGGUGCCCAUUUUCUGCCCUUACACGAUGAUGGAAAACCAGGAUUAUCUCCUGGUAGAAUGGUUUACUAUGGACAAGAACGGGCGGCAGCAGCGCGUGGCCUACAACGAGAAGGGUAAGGUAGGCGUGGACAGAGGAACGGAGUAUACGGACCGUGUCUUCAUGGAUGCCAACAACAGCCUGGUCAUUACAGCCAUCGACGUGAAUGAUGAAAAGUUCUUCUCCUGCCAAGUGACCAGCGGUUCCGGAAGUGACACUGGAAGGACCCAACUCAAGGUCUUCGAUCCACCCGAACCACCUGAGCUUACGCGGAACUCCGGGACCCUCUCUGUGACAGCUGAUGUUGCUUUGGAGAUUGCCAUGUGCACGGGCAAAAAUGGCUACCCUGCGCCAACCAUCAGUUGGUACAAAGAUGGGCAGCCUCUGAAUAUUACCACCGAACACAACAAAGAACUCUACGAGGUGGUGAGGACAGUAAAAGAAGCCUCGGGACUAUAUUCCAGAUCCAGCAUGCUCUAUAUGCGCCCGAAAAAAGCAGACAAAAACUCUGUUUUCCAAUGCAAAGUCAGCUACAAGAUGCCGAACGGGAAAGUUGGCAUAGAGGAAUCGCAACUUUUCAAUCUCACCUUGCAUUAUUAUACCGAGAACGUGCAGUUUGUCUUGGAUUCGCCAAAAGUCAUCAAAGAAGGGGAUGAUGUGCAGUUGCGAUGCCAGGGCGACGGCUUCCCCCAGCCCGAAUAUUCCUUCUUCAAAGUUCAGAGUGCCGAUAAUCUUUUGGACCUGCCCACCACCACUGAUGGUGUCCUUCUGCUUCCAAAAGUGACCAAGGCUGACAGUGGGACCUACCGCUGUCAGGUACUGGACUUCUAUAGUCCUUCCGAGGUGGAACUGGAGAAGGAUGUCACCAUCUUCAUCCAUUAUCUGGAUCCCCUGGUCCUAAACCCAACCAAGAUGGUGAAAGUCAACCGAAGCGAAAACCUUCAGUUGACCUGUUCGGGCAAUGGCUCCAAGACACCCACGUUGUCAUGGAAGAAGGGAAGGCAGCAGAUGGGGACCGGCGAGACUCUGUCGCUGACAGAACUGACAUACCCCAUGGCCGGCACUUAUGUCUGUGAGGCUUCUGUGCCCAGCAUUUCCGGACUGAAACGGAACGAGACAAUCCAAGUUAUUGUGGAAGGAAAGCCAGAGAUAGAAAUUCAACAGACCAUCAUCCAAGAGCUGGACCAGACAGUGAAGCUCACCUGUACCGUUUUAGGCCAUCCUCAGCCAGAGAUCAGGUGGAACAUACCUGGUGGGAAGGCUACCGUAAAACACUCGGCAAAUAAAUAUAGUGCUGAAUUGUUAGUGGAACUGACCCCCAAACUAAUCCAAAGCGGAGUUCAGUGCACAGCAGAGAACAAGUACGGCUCGGCCAACAAGAACUUCGAGCUGAAAAUGGUUACUCCGACACCCUCGGUCACUUCGAAGCCAGCUUCGGAGGAGGAACAGGGUCAAACCGGAAGCACGGUGGCGGUGAUCGCGGUCUGCGUGUGUGUCCUUCUGCUGCUCCUGAUCGUGGGGUUCUUCUACUUCAUGCAACGCCGGGGCCAGUUGCCCUGCAGCCGGGGAGAGAAAAGAUCGCUGACCCCCAAGGAAGGGACUCCGGAUAACGCUGUGGUGGAGAUGAAGGCUGACAGGCGGAACGAGCAGACGGGGCUGCUGAGUCCUGGAGGCGGAGGCGGCGGUGGAGGAGGAGGGGGGACGAAUGAGUGCUGAGCAGAGGGAAGGCUGGACCUGUCUUCUUCCAGGGGUGGCCCCUUCCCAUUCUGUACCGCCCACAAUGGAUGGAGAAGAUUCUGGAAAGGAUCCUGCCAGGGCAUGACAGCCCCACACUCCCUCCCUCCUUCCCUCCCCCCCACCCUCCUUCCUUCUCGUGGGAGGGGCAAGGGCCUUUCUUCUCACCUAGACUUUGUGUCCAGGACGGGUUGAGAUGCCGAAGGGGGAGGAGCUAGUCUGCCAUGACUUCUUCCUCCUUUAAAAAUACCACCUUUUGUGGGGGGGGUUUAUGUUUAUUUUUCCGCUUUGUUUUUUUUUUUUUAAAAAAAAGGAACUGACAAUUAUCUGGACAGACGCUCCAUUUUUAGCGUUUUCCUAAAUAAAGUCGCCCACAGACUACAUCGAUGUCAGGGAGACAAACCAACUUUGCGGAAGUUCAUAACCCCAUCGGUUUUUGUUUUUUUUUAAACCAACUUUCAGCAAGCCCAUCUCUGCCGGUUACCUAGGAUCUAAAACGAACUUGUGUUUGGUUAACCUCCCGCUCGCUUCAAAGUGAGUCACGCAAACCUUUGCCAGAGUUCACGCAAACCUUUGCCACAACCCUCUGCGUAAAUUUAGCCGUUUUCCCGUGCGGCUCCUGGCCCCUCGGUCUGCUCAGUGUUAUGCAUGCACCCAAAGCGAACAUCUCCGAGAGAUGUUCUCGUGCUCGCAGGCGUGAAUUGGACCCGUCUCACAGCUUCGUUCACCUGCCAUUCUCAGCUGGCCCGUCACUCACCUGUAGAUCUCUCUAGCAAGCGUUCUUCAUCCACUCCCUCCUGGCGCAAUGAACCGGUGGAACCGCUUGGCUCCAGACGUUGUGGGAGGGGGCUUCAUCACUGGAGGGUUGUUGUUUUUUUUUUAAAAAAAGAUGAGAUUGGACAACUAUUUGUCUGGAAUGGUCUGGGGCAGCGGUUCUCAACCUGUGAGUCGCGACCCCUUUGGAGGUCGAAUGACGAUUUGCCAGGGGUCGCCUAAGACCAUCGGAAAUAUGGGAAGUAUACUUGCGAGUCGAAGAAUCACGAAUUCGGCUUCAGGCGCGAUGAAUUAAAAAAGAGAGAAAUCUUUGCUCUGAUGUCUCCCUCUCAAGCCAGCGGCAAUCCCUCCCAAUCGCUAGCCUAAUCUGGCUCCAGGCGCGAUAAACUUAAUAGGGGAGGAGUCUCCGCUUUAAUGCCUCCGUCCUCAAGGCAAUCGCAAGCAGUUCAGAUCGCUAGCCAAGACGGCUUCAGGCGCGAUAAAUUCAAAAAAAACAGUUUGCCGCUUUUUUCCCCCUUCUGCGGCUGCUGAGGCGCGCUGAGAUCGCUGCCUAAAAAAAUAAUAAUUUUAUGAUUGGGGUCGCCACAUCGUGGGGAAUUGUAUUAAAGGGGUCGCAGCACUAUAAAGGUUGAGAACCACUGGUCUAGGGUCUUCUGCUUUAGCAGGGGGUUGGACUAGAAGGCCUCCAAAGUCCCGACUCUUUGAUUCUGUAUUCAUCUGUCGCAUUAGUGCAUGGAUGGUGGGGGGGUACUAUGUCCCCUUUAAGACCUGUGGACUUCAACUCCCUGAAUUCCUGAGCCAGCUGGCUCAGGAAUUCUGGGAGUUGAAGUCCAUAGGUCGUACAGGGGACAUAGUUGCUCUUCCCCAUAUUCAUAUGUCCCUUGGCAUUUGUGCUUUGGAACAGGGGUCUCCAACCUUGGCAGCUUUAAGACUUGGGGACUUCAACUCCCAGAGUUCCUCAGCCAGCUUUGCUGGCUGAGGGACUCUGGGAGUUGAAGUCCCCAAGUCUUAAAGCUGGCAAGGUUGGAGACCCCUGCUUUGGAAUUCAACCUCUGCUUUAACUGUAACUUGAUCCGUUAAAGGAGCGAUCUAUUAAAGGCGCAGGUGGUAACGUUCCUACCAAGCGACAAUGACCGGUAGUCCUCGACUUAUGACAGUUCAUUUAGUGGCCGUUCGAAGGGACAAUGGCGCUGGAAAAAGCGACUGACCAUUGCAGCAGCCCACACGGGCACAUGAGCAAAAUUCAGAGGUUUGGCAGCUGACUCAUAUUUAUGACGGUCGCAGCAUCCCGGGGUCACGUGGUCCCCCUUUUGCGACCAUCUGACUCACUUAACAGCCGUGUUUCUAACUGAACCGCUGCAGUGGUUCGCUUCACCGACGUGGCCAGAAACGUCGUAGAACGGGGCCAAAAACUCACUUUUAACGAAUGUCUCACUUAGCAAAGUAAAUGUGGGUGGUCGCAAGUCGAGGACUACCGGUCUAGCCGAACACUGAUUCUAUCAAUCCUCCAUCUUCUUGUCUAAAACUGAUAGAGCUCGGCCAACGGCUUUGAAUGUAUGUUCUCCCCCCCCCGCCCCCAGAGUCUAUUGCAAUCCGUCACAACCAGAGGUGGGUUUCAGCAGGUUCUGACCAGUUCUGGCGAACCAGUAGUGGAAAUUUUGAGUAGUUCAGAGAACCGGUAGUAAAAAUUCUGACUGGACCCGCCCCCAUCUAUUCUCUGCCUCCCUAGUCCCAGCUGAUCGGGAGGAGAUGGGGAUUUUGUAGUAACCUUCCCCUGGAAUGGGGAGGGAAUGGAGAUUUUACAGUAUCCUUCCCAUGCCAUGCCCACCAAGCCAUGCCACGCCCACCAAGCCACACCCACAGAACUGGUAGUAAAAAAAUUUGAAACCCACCUCCGGUCGCAAGUCGCAACUCCUGUGAUUUUAUCCUCCCCCCACUCGCCCCCCGUGGCAAUAAGAUGUUAUGAAUUUAUCCUGACUCCCCAUCAACCGAGCGUAUUAUCCCGACCCCGUUUUGCCAAGGAAAGCGAUUUUUGUCUACGUAUCUGAUCAUUCGCAAUCCCGGGGGAAAAAAAAAAAAUCCUGCUUGUUUCUAUUUUAUAUAUAGCUUUGCCUUCAGGGGAAGGGUCUUUUCGGACGGAAGGUGGGGGGGGGGUCUUCCGGCUACAGUUUUCUAUCUUUGAAAGAUGGCCAGGGCGGGUGGGGGGGACGAAGACAGACAAUGAAUGGUAUUAUUUUGUGUGUGUCCCAUCCUCUCCACAUCUUCUCUGCUCUUGAGGUUGAUCCCGAAUCGACAGGGCUGGCAUUUGAACCCCGCCCGAUCUGUGGAUCUUCUUCCUUCUAUAUAUAUAUAUAUUGUGGUUUUUGGUUUUCGUUUUUUUUACAGGAUACCGUUUUUGCCUGCAUGGCAAAAUCUCUUCGGAACAUAUGUCUUGUCAGGGGUUGUGAUAUGUCAGUCAAUUCGGUUUCCCAAACUGGGGAACUUUUCAGAAGAGUGGAUUUCAAGUCCCAGAAUUCUGGGACUUGAAGUCCACUCGACUUAAAUUUCUCCAGAUUGGGAAACAUUGCCUUCAUCCCUGCAAUAUGUCACUUCCUUUCUCAGUUGCACUGUCUGGUCGAGACACUGGUGAUGUGGGGGGUGAGGGGGGGGAGAAGAAUAUUUGGGCCUUUAAAAAAAAUAAUAAUUAGAGACCCUUAAUGGUGUUGUAGCCUAGAACAGACUGAAGCUGGGAGCUAUGGCACACCACGGUGGAUAAGAAGAGUAGGUCGAGGAGUUUGGGGCUUCCCUAGGCCCACUGGGUUUUCCCAAAAAAGCAUUUUUUUAAAAAAAAGCAAAGAAAGUUGGGAAUUUUAAAGAGUUUUGCCUUGACUGGCAGCUGGAAUAUUCCUUCCUUCCCCCCCCCCCACCUCUCUGGUCUUCCAGAUGUGAUUGGACUUCCGUUCCCAGCAACCACUGGAGCUGCUGGGAAAUGUAGUUCAUCAACACCCAGUUAGGAAAGACCCGAAGGGUUGCUAUCGAUUGCCCCAUGUUUAAAAAUGGCCCCGUUGCAGUUUUGGCCUCUUUCUCUUCGUCCCGACUGCAAAUUUCUGGGUUGCUUCACUUUAAAAUAUAAAACAGCAACCUUCCCCAUCCUUCUCCUUGAUGCCUCUUCGGGAAGUUUGGUUAUUCGGCCACUGCUUUUGGGGUUUUGGCAUCCAUUUGGGGGAGAGAGAGGGAUUAAGUGGCCUUUCAAAGAAUUUUUUGAGCCUCCUUGCAGGGGUGAAAUGCUACCGGUUUGCUACCGGUUCGGGCAAACUGGUAGUGAUAAAAACUACAGGUUCGGGGUAAACCGGUAGUUUAAAAAAGCUACGAUCCAACGAUCAGCUGUGCUGCACGGUUUAGCUUUGCUAGAAAGCAGGAUGAAGCUAAACCGUGCAGCACAGCUGAUCCCCACCCUUCCCAAGCCUUCUUUUGGUGUGUACUAGUUCGCCCGAACCAGUAGCUUUUUUAACACACAGCACACUGUUGUGCACUGCGCACGCACACAUUUGGCACACAGCGCGCAUGCGCGGCCAGGGAACUGGUAACAAACCGGUUCAAAUUUCACCACUGCCGCCUCAUUGAUAAAAAUUGCCCUGCAGACCAAGACGGGAACAUUUUUCUAUGGAGGUUCAUAGGUCAAUCCAGGUCAUGGCUGUCCCAAAGGCGCUUUUUCCCCCAAAAGGCAACUGGGCUUUGUUUUUCCUUGAAGACGUUUCGCUUCUCAUCCAAGAAGCUUCCUCGGUUCUGACUUCGGUCCAAGAAACUUCUUCGGUCUUUCCGUCAGAACGGAAGAAGCUUCUUUGGGUGAGAAGCGAAACGUCUUCAAGGGAAAAACAACAACAAAGUCCUUCGGGAGAACCAAUCAGUUGGCAACCUGGAGGAAGAAAACAGUUGGGCAACCUAGCAACUCCCUUCCAUCCUCGGGACCGCCUGUUCCUACCACCCUGUCUGUGCCAUGGCUCCUGGGUCUCCGUUCGGAUGUUUCUACUUUCUACAGCCUUUUGCCAGGUUAUGCUGUACGUUAGCCAUUAAAAAAAAAAAAAAAGAUUAUAACCUC